AUGUCGAAGAAACGUACAUUAGAUGGGUUCUUCAAGCCCGCGCAAAGCAAGAAGCCGAAGCUGGGAACAGACACAGAAUCCGCAUCAAUACCAGAGGACACCCUCCCACGAGACGCCUCCAACCAUCCAACCUACCCAUAUCCAGUGCCUCAUUUCCCCACCUCCAUAACAGAUGCCCUCGCUUUCGCGCCCGCCACAGAGGGCAGAGCGAUCAAUGACCAGCCCGACCUCGACCUCGUCUACUUCGAGCCCUACAUCCCCAAAGAGGUCCACAAAGAACUCUUCAAAUUCCUGCGACAAGAGCUCUUCUUCUACCGCGUGCAGUAUACCAUAAAGCGCGGGGCGGCGGAGACAUCCAUAUCAACUCCCCGCUACACAACCGUGUUCGGCGUCGAUGCCUCUUCCUACUUCUCUCCCACGGGUGUUCUCCUCGACGCGGAGUCACAGAGACCCAUUCCUAAAGAUCGCUACACCUGCCACCCGCGGCCUCUCCCCCAAUGUCUCGACGCACUACGCAUCCUAACCGAAGGCUCAACGGAUUCAACCUACAACUUCUGCCUCGUAAACUACUACGCCUCCGGCGCGGACAGUAUAUCCUACCACAGCGACGACGAGCGGUUCCUCGGCCCAAACCCCUCCAUCGCAUCCUUCUCCCUAGGUGCCAAGCGGGAUUUCUACAUGAAGCACAAACCGUUCCCACCCGCUAAAAAUCCCUCCGACCCGCCGCCGCCGGAGACUCGGCAGAUCAAGCUGGCGCUCGCGUCUGGGGAUAUGGUACUCAUGCGCGGAAGUACGCAGGCGAAUUGGUUGCAUAGUAUUCCGAAAAGGAAGGGAGGGGAGAGCGAGAGGGGGAGGAUUAAUAUCACGUUUCGGAAGGCGAUGGUGAGGGGCGGAACGGAGAACUACUAUCGGUAUAAUGUUGGGGUGGGAGGGGUGUUUGGAUGGGAUGAGGGGAGGGGGGAGAUGGUGCCGUGGGAAGGUGGGGCGAAGAAAGGGGAGAAGGGGUAG